AUGACAGAGAAUAAUAUGGUCAUAAUGCUUUAUAAAGACGGGCUAUUGUUGACAGACGGACCAUCAACACUGAAUCCAUUACGAGUGCGAUCUUUCUCAGAAACGAAUCUGAACAACGUGAUACCCAAUUUCAAAAUACCUCAGAAGCCGUUGCGUAUUCAAACAAAAAGACGUUGCAAAACUGUUUCAUUCCAUGACGAAGGCGUUACCGAUGAAAACAAAUGCGAUGAAGGCAAAGUAACAAAACCACGGAGAUCGAUACUAGUUCAGCGUAGGCGAAGUGAACCAUUACCGCUGACCCAUAUGGACUACCCGACGUUCAGUGCUUGGCGACGAGGUAGCAACAUAAGAAAUGAAAUCAUAAAGAUACAGGUUGACCAUUGA